AUGCACAUUAAUGUCGGUAAAUUCUGCGGUGAGGCGCAGAGGGCGCUGAAAGACAGGUUACAACUUCUACAGAACUAUGUUAACUCUAUGGGAAAUACGGUGUCGGCAAAUUGCGAUUGGUCAAAAAUACCCAAGCCCACAGAAAAACACCCAAAAUCUAUCCAGUUGUUAAUGGCACAAGCUUUGUCCUGA